AUGUCCACUAAUGAAAAUGCUAAUUCAGCAGCUGCCCGGCUUAACAGAUUCAAGAACAAGGGGAAAGACAGUACAGAAAUGAGGCGGCGCCGCAUUGAAGUUAAUGUGGAGCUGAGGAAAGCUAAGAAGGAUGACCAGAUGCUGAAAAGGAGAAAUGUAAGCACUUUUCCUGAUGAUGCUACUUCUCCACUGCAGGAAAACCGCAACAACCAGGUUACUGUAAAUUGGUCAGUUGAUGACAUUAUCAAAGGCAUGAAUAGUAACAGUUUGGAGAGCCAGCUUCAAGCUACGCAAGCAGCUAGGAAACUGCUUUCCAGGGAAAAACAACCCCCCAUAGACAACAUAAUUCGGGCUGGCUUAAUUCCAAAAUUUGUGUCCUUCUUGAGCAGAACUGACUGUGCUCCCAUUCAAUUUGAAUCUGCUUGGGCACUCACUAACAUUGCUUCCGGGACGUCAGAACAGACCAAGGCUGUGGUAGAUGGAGGUGCUAUCCCAGCUUUUAUUUCUCUUUUGGCAUCUCCUCAUGUUCACAUCAGUGAACAAGCUAUAUGGGCUCUAGGAAACAUUGCAGGUGAUGGCUCGUCUUUCCGAGACUUAGUUAUCAAAUACGGUGCAAUUGACCCGCUCUUGGCGCUCCUUGCUGUUCCUGAUAUGUCAUCAUUAGCAUGUGGUUACUUGCGUAAUCUUACCUGGACGCUUUCAAAUCUUUGUCGAAAUAAGAACCCUGCACCUCCAUUGGCUGCUGUUGAGCAGCUUCUCCCUACUUUAAUUCGACUCCUGCAUCAUGAUGAUCCGGAAGUGUUGGCAGAUACCUGUUGGGCUAUUUCCUAUCUUACUGAUGGUCCAAAUGAACGAAUUGAAAUGGUUGUGAAAACAGGAGUCGUACCCCAACUCGUGAAGCUUCUAGCAGCUAUUGAAUUGCCAAUUGUGACUCCUGCAUUAAGAGCCAUAGGGAACAUUGUCACAGGAACUGACGAACAGACUCAGGUUGUAAUAGAUGCAGGAGCACUUUCUGUGUUUCCCAACCUCUUAACCAAUCCUAAAACCAACAUUCAGAAGGAAGCUAUGUGGACAUUGUCAAACAUUACAGCAGGCCGUCAGGACCAGAUUCAGCAAGUAGUGAAUCAUGGAUUAAUCCCACUCCUCAUUGACAUUCUCUUAAAGGCGGACUUUAAGACUCAAAAGGAAGCUGUAUGGGCUGUAACCAACUAUACAAGUGGUGGAACAGUUGAACAGAUUGUAUACCUCGUCCAAUGCGGCAUAAUAGAGCCACUGAUGAACCUUUUAACUGCGAAGGAUACCAAGAUUAUUCUGGUUAUUCUGGAUGCCAUUUCAAAUAUCUUUCAGGCUGCUGAGAAAAUUGGUGAAACUGAAAAGCUUGGUAUAAUAAUUGAAGAAUGUGGAGGCUUGGACAAAAUUGAAGCUCUACAAAACCAUGAAAAUGAGAGUGUGUACAAGGCUUCAUUAAAACUGAUUGAGAAGUAUUUCUCUGUUGAGGAAGAAGAGGAUCAGAAUGUUGUGCCAGAAGCUACCUCCGAAGGGUAUGCCUUCCAAGUUCAGGAUGACACUGCUGGGACCUUUAACUUUUAA